UGUCAGAAGCGGGUCGGAUUUUUAGCCCGGAGCAUGCAAUAAAGGGGAAAAAACAAAAAAAACAAAAAAAAACAAAAAAACAAAAAAGAAAACAAACCGCCCUUGGUGCAUUCAGGCGGCUCCUGUCCUCCUCAGCAGCUGACACCCGAGGGCUGCUCUCCCGCAUGGCUACGCUCCCCGCUGCAGACAGGAGGGCGUUCGCCCUGAAAAUCAACAGGCACUCCUCUGCAGAAAUAAGAAAGCAAUUUACUCUCCAGCCAGGCUUUGCACAGUUCUGCCAGCGAAGUUUAAGUACCCCUGGAUUUUCGACUCUUCAUCUGCCUUCCUUUUAUGACGCAGUAGACCCGGUGGAUUUUGAAGGCUUCCUGAUGACACAGCUGAACAACUUGGACUCAGAACUAGCUCAUGAACUUGGUGAUUUUCCUGAAGAUGACUUGGACAUCGUCUUUACACCUAAAGAGUGCAGGACUUUGCAGCCUUCUAUGCCAGAAGAUGGGGUUGAACUAGAUUCACAUGUCAGAGAUUGUGUUCAGACAUACAUCCGGGAGUGGCUGAUUGUGAAUCGAAAGAACCAAGGAAAUUCAGAUACUUGUAGCCUGAAAAAUAAGGGAUCACGAAAGGAUUUUCACAAAACCCUUCAAAAACAAACAUUUGAAUCAGAAACUUUGGACUCCAGUGACACAAGCUUUCAGGCAGGUCCCAAGCAUGUCCAGGUACUCCCUGAAGAUGCCUCAAGAACUACCCUCACAUCGUCUGACUUUGAUCUACGCAGCCUACAGCCUGAUCCCCGCUUGGAAAAUCUGCUGCGACAUGUGAGCGCAGAGGAAUUUGAAAGGCAAAAUGAAGAAGCGCGACGAACCAAUAGGCAUGCUGAGCUCCUUGCCCUCUACCCUUCUGUAGAUGAGGAGGAUGCGGUAGAGAUACGACCAGUGCCAGAUCGCCCAAAGGAACAUCUGGGCAACCGGAUUUUGGUAAAGCUGCAGACUCUCAAGUUUGAUAUAGAGAUCGAACCUUUGUUUGCAUGCAUAGCUCUCUAUGAUAUUAAAGAAAGAAAAAAGAUCUCUGAAAAUUUUCAUUGUGACCUGAAUCCUGAUUCAUUAAGAGGAUUCUUGCGUUCUCAUACACCCUCCAUUGACCUGUCUACUCAGGCAAGAUCUGCAGUAUUUUCUGUCACUUAUCCCUCAUCUGAUAUCUACCUAGUAAUAAAGAUAGAAAAAGUGCUUCAGCAAGGAGAAAUUGGAGACUGUGCAGAACCCUACAUGGUUCUUAAAGAAAGUGAGGCUGGGAAGACAAAAGAAAAGAUUGAAAAACUGAAAGCCCAAGCUGAAUCCUUUUGUCAGCGGCUGGGGAAAUACCGAAUGCCAUUUGCCUGGAUUCCCAUAAGCCUAACUAAUUUCUUUAAUGUUUCAACACUUGAACGAGAAGUACCUGAGGCAGAAGGUUUAAAUGGGAAAGGAUCAAUUAGUGACAAGAGAACAACACUGCUACAAGCAAGAAGACUUUCUGAGAGAAGUCUCAGCUCAGAGGACAGUUAUCCAGUACCAAACUUCAAAACAGUGUCUCUGACCCUCAAUACCUUCUUUAAACAGGAAGGAGACAGACUUAGUGAUGAAGAUCUGUUCAAAUUUUUAGCUGAUUUCAAAAGAUCAUCCUCCUUGCAGAGAAGAAUUAAGACUUUACCAGGAACACUUAAAGUGGAGAUCUCGCCAGCUCCAGAAAGCCUUGGUUAUUGUCUGACACCAGAAUUGUUACCAGUGAAGCCAUUUCCAGAAAACCGUAAUCGCCCUCACAAAGAGAUUUUGGAAUUCCCAAUUAGAGAAGUGUAUGUUCCCCAUACCAUUUAUAGAAAUCUCCUCUAUGUUUACCCCCAGAGGCUGAAUUUUGCUAACCGACCAGCUUCUGCAAGAAACAUCACCAUUAAGAUCCAGUUUAUGUGUGGCGAAGACCCUACCUGUGCAAUGCCGAUAAUUUUUGGGAAAUCUUCUGGUCCAGAAUUUGUACAAGAAAUUUACACAGCUAUCACAUACCAUAACAAGUCUCCUGACUUUUAUGAAGAAGUGAAAAUUAAACUUCCAGCAAAACUCACUGAGAAACACCAUCUACUGUUCACCUUCUAUCAUAUCAGCUGCCAGCCAAAGCAAGGAGCAUCUGUAGAAACCCUCUUGGGAUAUACAUGGCUGCCAAUUCUGUUAAAUGAUCGUCUUCAAACUGGACAUUAUUGCCUUCCUGUUGCAUUGGAUAAGCUGCCAGUCCACUAUUCAAUUCACUCUCCUGAGAAAGUUCCAUCACAGACACCACCUGUGAAGUGGGUUGAAGGACACAAGGGCGUUUUCAAUGUCGAAGUGCAAGCUGUUUCAUCUGUUCACACGCAGGACAAUCACCUUGAGAAGUUCUUCACUCUGUGCCACUCUCUGGAGAGCCAGGUGACCUUCCCCAUUCGAGUGAUGGACCAGAAGAUCACAGAGGCUACACUGGAACAUGAAUUGAAACUCAGCAUUAUCUGUUUGAAUUCCUCCCGCCUUGAACCUCUUGUCUUGUUUUUGCAUUUGGUACUAGAUAAACUCUUCCAACUGGCAGUGCAGCCCAUGGUCAUAGCUGGCCAGACAGCCAACUUCUCGCAGUUUGCCUUCGAGUCUGUGGUUGCGAUAGUGAACAGUCUCCACAACAGCAAAGACCUGAGCAAAGAUCAGCACGGGAGGAACUGCCUCCUGGCAUCCUAUGUCUACUAUGUAUUUCGCCUGCCAGACCCUCAAAGAGAAGUAGCCAAACUAGGUGCAGGGAGCAGUGCCAUUUUGACAGAGUCUCGCUAUUACACAUUUGGCCGCACUUCUGCAGUGUCCGUUGGGAAUAAACUCCUGCAGAGCCGAGUGAUAAGCUGCAGCAAUCCUGACAUUACUGUUACCCAGACUGCUACAGAUGAGGAAGUCAAAAAUAUCAUGUCGUCCAAGCCUGUGGAUCACAGCUCCAAUCGGAUGUCUUUCUACGUUGAAGCCACAAAUGACACAACAAAUGUUUGUGCAAGCCCAAGACCAUCCAGUAAAAAGCAUUUCCAUGAGGAGCUGGCCCUACAGAUGGUGGUCAGCACGGGUAUGGUGAGAGAAGCUGUCUUCAAGUAUGCCUGGUUCUUCUUUGAGCUCCUGAUAAAGAGUAUGGCUCAGUAUGUUCAUAACAUAGAGAAGCAAGACAACCCACGAAGAAGUCGGUUCUCUGAUCGUUUCAAAGAUGAUAUUACCACUAUAGUUAGCGUGGUUACUUCGGAGAUUGCUGCACUUUUAGUCAAACCGCAGCCGCAGAAGGAAAGCGAGCAAGCAGAAAAAAUUAAUAUCAGCCUGGCAUUUUUCUUGUAUGAUCUCCUUUCCCUAAUGGACCGAGGAUUUGUGUUUAAUCUCAUCAAACAUUAUUGUAAUCAGCUCUCGAACAAGCUCAAUUCACUCUCCACCCUGAUUUCCAUGAGACUGGAGUUCCUGAGAAUUCUCUGCAGCCAUGAACAUUACCUCAACCUGAAUCUGUUCUUCAUGACCUCAGCUUCUGCUCCAGCAUCCCCUUCUCCCUCCCUCUCCUCCCAGAAUUCUAGCUCCUGCUCUAGUUUCCAAGACCAGAAAAUUGCUAGUAUGUUUGACCUUUCAUCAGAGUAUCGUCAGCAGCACUUUCUGACCGGGUUACUCUUCACUGAACUGGCAGCAGCGCUGGACACAGACAGCGAAGGGAUUAGCAAGGUGCAAAGAAAAGCUGUUAGUGCUAUUCUUAGCCUGCUGAGUUCCCAUGACCUAGACCCACGUUGCUCCAAAAAAGAGGUGAAGAUUAAAAUUGCGGCUCUCUACCUCCCUUUAGUUGGCAUCAUUUUGGAUUCACUGUCGCAACUCCAUGAUUUUACAAUUUCAGAUGCCCGAGGUGGAAAGGGGCGCACAGGCAAUCCGGAGGAAGAACAAGAGUCCGCAGGUGCAAUCAAUCAAAAUGUGGCCCUUGCCAUAGCAGGGAAUCAGUUCAACCUCAGGAGCUCUGGAAUAUCUGUGAUGUCCCAGCCCUACAGACAGAAUGCUACAUUAGGUCCUGAUACUUCUCGCAACCUUUUGAUCUGUUUCCUCUGGAUCAUGAAAAAUGCUGAUCAGAACCUCAUACAAAAAUGGAUUGCAGACCUUCCAUCCAUGCAACUGAACAGGAUUUUAGACCUCCUCUUCAUUUGUGUCUCAUGCUUCGAGUACAAGGGCAAACAAAGCUCAGAUAAAGUUAGCACUCAAGCACUCCAGAAGUCAAGAGACGUUAAGGCCCGAUUAGAAGAGGCUUUACUGAGAGGUGAAGGAGCCAGAGGAGAAAUGAUGAAACGCUGCAGAAUACCAGCUGGGAAUGACAGAUCAGCAGGGCUGAAUGAAAACCUGCGAUGGAGAAAAGAGCAGACUCACUGGCGACAGGCAAAUGAGAGACAAGAUAAAACGAAAGCUGAGCUAGAUCAAGAAGCUCUGAUCAGCGGAAACCUGGCAACUGAAGCUAAUCUGAUCAUUCUCGAUAUGCAGGAGAAUAUCAUCCAGGCCAGCUUUGCAGCAGAGUGCAGAGACAAUCUUUUGGGAGGAGUUCUGAAGGUCCUGGUGAACUCUCUUGGCUGUGAUCAGAGCACAACUUACCUGACUCAUUGCUUUGGUACCCUCAGAGCUCUCAUUGCUAAGUUUGGAGAUUUCCUGUUUGAAGAGGAGGUGGAACAGUGUGCUGACCUGUGUCAAAGAGUCCUUCAUCACUGCAGCAGCAGCAUAGACAUUACACGGACUCAAGCCUGUGCCACUCUCUAUCUCCUCAUGAGAUACAGCUUCAGCUCUACCAGUAAUUUUGCAAGAGUGAAGAUGCAGGUGACCAUGUCACUAGCCUCUUUGGUUGGCAAAUCACCCGAGUUUAAUGAGGAAUUCCUUCGGCGAUCCUUACGAACCAUCCUGGCCUAUGCAGAGGAAGAUGCGGAUAUGCAACCAACUCCAUUUCCUGCUCAGGUCGAGGAGCUGCUGUGUAAUCUGAACAGCAUCCUGUCAGACACAGUGAAAAUGAGGGAAUUUCAGGAAGAUCCAGAGAUGCUCAUGGAUCUCAUGUACAGAAUUGCCAAAGGGUACCAGACGUCGCCUGACUUGAGGCUGACUUGGCUGCAGAACAUGGCAGAAAAGCACACCAAGAGGAAGUGCUACACCGAAGCAGCCAUGUGUCUGGUUCACGCUGCAGCGCUGGUGGCAGAAUACCUCAGCAUGCUGGAAGAUCGUAACUAUCUCCCGGUGGGCAGCGUCACCUUUCAGAACAUUUCAUCCAAUGUGCUAGAGGAGUCUGCUGUUUCAGACGAUAUUUUGUCUCCAGAUGAAGAUGGUAUAUGUUCUGGGAGGUACUUCUCAGAAAGUGGCCUGGUAGGGCUGCUAGAACAAGCAGCAGAGCUCUUCGGCACGGGAGGUUUGUAUGAAACUGUGAAUGAGGUUUACAAAAUUGUCAUCCCCAUCCUGGAAGCACAUCGAGACUUCAGGAAGCUUACCUUGACGCACAGCAAGCUACAGAAGGCUUUUGACAGCAUUAUUAAUAAGGGUCAAAAGCGAAUGUUUGGAACUUACUUCCGUGUUGGUUUCUAUGGAUCCAAAUUUGGGGACUUAGAUGAACAAGAAUUUGUUUAUAAGGAGCCUGCAAUUACCAAACUUCCUGAGAUCUCUCACAGAUUAGAGGGAUUUUAUGGCCAGUGUUUUGGAGAGGAUGCCGUGGAAGUGAUUAAAGACUCUACUCCUGUGGAUAAACGCAAGCUGGAUCCCAACAAGGCAUACAUACAAAUUACUUUUGUGGAGCCCUAUUUUGAUGAAUAUGAGAUGAAAGACAGGAUAACCUAUUUUGAGAAGAAUUUCAACCUCUGUCGGUUCAUGUACACGACACCUUUCACCAUGGAUGGGCGUCCCAGGGGAGAGCUGAGUGAGCAAUACAAGAGGAACACCAUCCUAACCACUAUGCAUGCGUUCCCCUACAUCAAAACUAGAAUCAAUGUCAUCCAAAAAGAAGAGUUUAUUUUAACUCCAAUUGAAGUUGCUAUUGAAGAUAUGCAGAAAAAAACACAAGAACUAACUGCAGCCACCAACCAAGAGCCACCAGAUGCCAAAAUGCUCCAGAUGGUUUUGCAGGGCUCAGUUGGAGCCACUGUAAAUCAGGGACCGCUAGAGGUAGCCCAAGUGUUCCUGGCUGAAAUUCCAGCGGACCCCAAACUUUAUCGACAUCACAACAAGCUGAGGCUGUGCUUCAAAGAGUUUAUCAUGAGGUGUGGUGAAGCAGUGGAGAAAAACAAGCGUCUUAUUACUGCUGACCAGCGAGAAUAUCAGCAAGAACUCCGGAAGAACUAUGGGAAGCUGAAGGAGAGCCUUAGACCCAUGAUUGAGAGGAAGAUCCCAGAGCUGUACAAACCUGUAGUGAAAGUCCACAGUACCAGGGACUCUUUUCAUAACCAAAGUUUUAGAAAAUAUGAGGCCCAGACUUCACAGAGCACCUAAGGACUGUCUGCUUCAGCCAACGAAGAGCUUCAUGCUGCAGGACAAAAAUGAUGGGGUGUUCGACAUCUAUGAAACUGGGAAUCUCCUCCACAAGACAGCAUGUGCACUUUCUGGCUAGCAUCCAAAAAAUAUUUGUAUAAAAUCUCCAAAAACUGGGGGAUAACUCCUUAUCAACUGUAUCUCGUGUGGCACUGGGAAGCAAGAGGGGUGUUUUAUAGCUGCUUUUUCAUUUACUGUAAAAUAGUCACAUAAUGAUGAGGAUCAGACCAUUGAAAUGAUGAACUGGAUGAGAUCAGUCACCACUAAUAGACAGAACUUUGUUAGGUUUGGCUGAAGUGUUAUGUGAAUCCAAAUAAUAUGUCUAAUGGAAGCUGAGGAAUGAUGUCUAUUUACGUUCCUUCUCCAUGACAGCAUUUACACAUUGUCCUUUUGGCACUGGAGCACACUUUGCAAGUUAAUCACAUGCUUAAGUACUGUCUUCAUGGGAAGGAACAUAGGCCCCAGCUCAGUCUUUGCUGAGCUGAAGCUCUAGGAGAGAACAGUUUCCUCAGUCAGCGUCUUUCAUUUUUGGAGAAUGGUCUUAAACUGCAAGGAAAGUUCCUUACAACUCAGCAAAAGCUCAGAAAGUAAGACACAGCAAUGAGUAAUUUCUGUAGAUCUUUUCUUUUGUGUGUGUAAAUACGUGGACUGCUACUGGACAUGCUGUUGGAUUUCUUAAUAAUCAGUGUCAUGUUUAGCAGCGCUAACAAGCAAUAGUUUAGAAAGAUGGAGCUAAGCUGUAAGUGAUUCUUUUGCUAUACAAUGCUCUUAUGUAGAUAACCUAAUCCAAAACUUAGUACAGCAUCACACAGCGAGCAUUUCAUACAAAGCACUUCACUUUACUGUAGCAUAAGAGAAAUUAGCACAUCUUUUUUAAUAUCUAAUGCUUGAUAUUUUCUGAGACCUGAGGAAACAUUUUAUUAAAUAAUCUUUACAGCAGUUCUCUAAAAUAAGGACAUACCAUUAUUACCAUUUUGCAGAUAAAAGUGUUGAAAGAGAGGGAGACAGAGAGAGAGACAGAGGAGGAUAUUAAUGCUUCAUAAGUCAUUUAGUGAGGCCAUGACAACGGCAAAAUUUGUGUUGUGACCACACUGCCUACAUAAUAUUUAUGUUUUGAAACAAAGUUCCAUGGAAGGGUCCCUCCAUACUGAUUCAGUGAUAAUUAACAUAACCAACCCUAUUUGGCAAAGAUAAUAAUGAUAAUAAAAUUAAAUGAAACAGUGACACUGUCUCCUUCAUACAUUAUUAUAGGAAAUUACUGUGAAAUUCUAAAUUCUAAAUGCAUGGUCUCUUUGUAAGUAUAAGGGACUGAGGCUGCUGCUUUUGGUAGAAACAUUUUGACUUCUGUGACCAUCUGCAGCCUUACCAUUUGGCAACAGGAAUUUUCCCAGCACUUCUGUUGACAUCUGAGCUAGUCAGAUUUUCAAAGUGGUAUAUGGAAGAUCCACAAAGGUGAUCAAACAAGGUGAGAUGUGGAAUAGAUUAAAUAAACUCUAUACUUACACAGCUGUAUUAAAAAACAGCUCUCGGAGUGUAAGGAAGUAUUUCCCUUCUCAUUCAUAGUCUUCUUAAAUGCAAUAAUCAGGAAUAGGUACUGUAUGAUUUUGCAGUGAAAGCAUCCAAAGUCCACAAGCAAAGAUACAGAAAGCUUAAAGCAAAAGAUGCGUUCAUGGAGUGGCUUUUCUUUAUAAAGCUGCUUUGAAACAGUUUGAAGUUAAAAAGUUGAUUAAUUUCCCAAAGCCCUGCAGUUAUUAAAUCUGUGCCUGUCAAAACCUGGCCCUUUAUGUAUUGUUUUAAACAAUACUGUUAUGGGAGAAGGUCAGAAGAAUAUUGCCACCCAUUAAUGCAAUAAUCCAGCCUCAUUGUUUAUAAGAUGCUUAUCCUUUACAGCUAAAUAACAAAAACCUCAGGUAAACAGACAAAAAAAAAAAGCCUACAUGUUUGCCAAUAUACUGGCUAAAAGUAACUGAGUGUUUCGUACUGUGGUGUCCUGGGCGAUUGGAUCUCCCUGCAUUGAAACAAUACUCCGGACAAUCUACAUACGAAAAGACCCUUCACUCACUUUUUACGAGCUGACCAACCCCUCAGUUGACCAGUCUAGCCCUCAGUUUGUAGCACACGUUGUCUUUUCCACAGUUGAGUCAUGGUUUGUACAUUUCUGUCAAGAGUUGAGCUAUGUGAAAUGUAAAUUCUCAGUCUUAUGAUAAUUUGCAAUAAAGUGACUAUUUCACACAA